UUGAAAAACAGUAAUUACGUAAACCCUUAAAUUUUCUAAAUUUUACGGAGACGUCAACAGAUAUAUCCAAGCGGAAAUUUCCUUGUGAAGUAUCUACCUAUCCCAUUAAUAAUGCAUGGCUGGAGUUAGAUAUAUAGGAGUGUUUCACACUAUCUGUAUAAUCCUGUCAUAUACCGUACGCUUUAUGUUAUCCAUUUAAACGCCCAUGAUCAUAUUUCAUCGGUCGAACAAAAAUGACAGGGACUUGUCGAAUACGCUGUCACUUACAAUUUAUAAGUUACUACCGCGUCAUAUCUGACUGACUAGCACCCUGCAGGUUACGGGAAACAUGCAGGAAUAGCCCAGGCAGAAAGAACAGUACUUCGAGUAGUCGUAGUGAAUUAAUACUGAUGCAUGCAUUUUGCGCUUGGCUGAUAGAUGUAAAGUUCAGUUAGACAGUUUUUCCAUCCCGAUAGAAAGAGAUCUUUCAUUUUUCCAAUACACCAAUAUUCAUGAUACGGGUUUUAUUCAUGUUGUCACAUUCUGCUAUUGAUAUACAGUGAUAUACAAAACUGAGUUUGCACGCAUCAGAUCAGAAUGUGCCGCGGUUCAGUUAGCAUUAAAAUAGUCUCGUCAUUUGUGGUGUUGAUAUUUCUUGCUGGCUCCCCCGCUGCUACAACUAAUAUCACGAUAAUUACGGUUAUAAUUGGACAAAAUCCCAUGUAUGGAUACUAUUCUUCCGGCCCUGUAUUUGAGGUGGCCUUUGAUACGGUAUUACAGGCAUACCCGCAGCUGGCGCCGAAUAUCCACCGGCACAUGAUCUAUAGCGAUAAAGGGAUCGUUGGCUGCGGUGACACCGGAGACAUGAUGCCGGCCAUGGCCGGAGAAGUUGUUAGGAUUGUUUCUCAGACUAAGGGAUUUACGCUGCUACUUUCACCAGGAUGCAGCUUAGAAAUGAUAACUCUUGGAGAUUUCGCGCGAGAAUUGGAUGUUCCCCUUCUUACAAGUACAUCGGCCGACCAAGCCCUAUCCAACCGGAAACGCUAUCCCACUCUGACGACCUUCAGUUCAGCGGGGCAAGGCCAGUGUUCAAGGGCUAUUCGUGAAUUUCUACGCAAGUUUGCUUGGACAACGGUUACGGUGCUGUGCGAUGACCUUUCCUUAUUUCCCAGCGCUGCCACAAUGUACAUUGUUGCUUGCCGAGGAUUUAAGAGUGUAUUAACGGAAUUUCCGGGAGAAUUCCAAAUGUUCUACGAGCAGUUUGACUCGCGGAACAAUCCCAAUUUUAAAACGAUUCUUACACGAGCAAAAUCACAAAGUAGAGUUCUGCUUGUCGGAACCAAUGCGGACAUUAUGCGGAAUAUAUUGGUUACAGCCAGCAAAUUAAACAUGACAGGACGAGACUAUGUCUGGCUGUACCAACAGUCUAUUCAGGUGCCGGAAACGAGCGAACUGACCUGGAAAAUGAAUUCCACUGCCGAUAAGACGGUGUUUGAGGCACUACAAUCGGUAAUCGUUAUUCGAUUCCCUCCACCGGAUUGGGAAUCACUCACAAAUUACAGCAUUUCUGUGGGAGAAGUCUCAAGGCGCCAUUUUAAUUUUACAUAUCCUCCUGAUUAUUAUAAUAAUGACAUUACAUUAUCGGCAUUCGAAGCAGUGCUGGCGGGCUUUGAGGUGCUGAACGAAUCUCAAACAAAUUUAGAUUUUACAUCAGGACGAGAAUUCAGUAAAAAAUUUGUGAGCCGCACUUUCGACUUUGGAUUUCGGAGCACUGUCAUUGGACCAAAUGGAAUGCGCAACCGCGACACCCAUUUUUUGAAAUUCAACGUAGCUAUUGGCGAGUUUGAGGUAGCAUGGUAUCAUACUUGGACCAACAACUCCAUAACCGACGUGUCAUCGCAAGCACACAGCUGGUUUCGUUCCGAUACAUUUCCAUCCAAUACGCCAGCUUGUGGGUUUCGAGAUGACCAAUGCAGCCCACCUCUUUCUGUGACCUUUCCAAUCGUGGGAGCGGUAUUAUUCGUGAUCAUAGUGGCUGCUGCUGUGGGUAUUCCAUUGGGUUACUGGAAAUACGUUCGCCAUCAGGAGCGAUAUUCGAUCUGGUGGAAUCUCAGCUCAAGCUUGUUGGUGAUAACCAAUCCAAAUCCGACAACGGGAUUGAUUAAAUCCUCAAGGGCAUCCAGACUCUCCGGUGCUUCGCAAAACAUAUUUCGUCUGCCGGCGAAACCGCGAGAACCGGUGGUGACCUUUGAUUCCCGACGAGUUUGGGCCUAUACAGUAGACAUUGCCACAACAACAGGAGCGCUGACGGCGAACUCCGAGUUCCGCCAUAUUCUAGCAGAUAUGAAGUCCAUUUCACAAGACAAUGCCGGCACCCUUACGGGUGUCGUUGUCUCGCCCGAGCAGCUGUCGUUUCUUUGGCCUUAUGGGCGUGGUUGCUUACGCCAACUAUUAGACGAUAAGGCCAAUCUGCUAAAUCAGAAGAUACAACUUCGUUUAAUGCACGAAAUCCUUGCAGGGCUUUCCUAUUUACACGCUUCCCGGCUGAAAUGUCAUGGAUCCUUGUCUUCCUUGAGUACCCUUCUCGAUAACCGUUUUGCCGUAAAACUUUCUGGUUAUGCAUCCAAACGCCUGCUUUCUUCCGUUGGUUAUCAGUCUAUUGUAGCCAACCGCAUGGAACUGUUAUGGGAUGCUCCUGAACAGCAUGCUGGUGCUUCCAAAGAGGGCUCAAGAAUUGCAGAUAUUUUUUCGUUUGGUAUUGUGAUGGGUGAGAUCAUGACGGGACUGACACCGUACAGAAUGAACCUAAAAGAUUCCGUUGAGAUAGAAGAAAUGCUGCCGAAACUAGCCAGCCGAACAAGGAUUUCUCCCUUCAAACCGAACGAUAUGGGUCCGCUUCCAGAGAAGAUACGCACGAUUAUGGCGGGUUGCAUAGCCUUCGACGACAUGGAACGGCCGUCCCUUCACACAAUAGCUUCGCGCUUAAAGACCUUUGACAGCGGUGUUAGCAUCGUUGACGACAUCCUUACGCGACUGCAAGCCUACUCUGCACAACUCGAAGCGAUGGUAGCCAGUCGCGCACACGAACUCCUGGCUGAAACGCAGAAGGUCGACUCACUUUUGGGUGAAAUGAUACCAAGCAUCUAUGUCUCCAAACUCCGCAACAAAGAACCAAUCCCGGUUGAGCAUUACAAACUGGUUACCGUCUUCUUUAGCACUCUGGUCGGCUUUGACACAUAUUGCGCUAGUUCAUUACCUCAAGACGUUGUGACGCUAUUGAAUACCGUUUACUUCACAUUUGACCAAACGAUUCUCCAACAUGAUGUUUAUAAAAUCGAAACCAUUAAGGACUCCUACAUGGUAGCAAGCGGGCUUCCUAUUCGCAAUGGUUACCGCCACGGUAAAGAAAUUGCGGAUACAGCGUUGGAUCUCCUGGCGGUAUGGCAUUCAAGCGUGCUAUUGCUUCACACAAGGACCAAAACCAGUUUAGAGGUCCGCAUAGGAAUCCACUCCGGUCCUUGCGCGGCAGGAGUAGUUGGAACUCGCAUGCCACGAUAUUGCUUAUUUGGCGAUACGAUUAACACCGCAAGCCGAAUGGAAAGUCAUGGCGAAGCGUCCAGAAUCCACUUGAGCAGUAGUACCGAAAAACUGCUUCGAUCGGUUGGUUCUUUCGACAUCGAACCCAGAGGAACGGUCAAUAUUAAAGGAAAAACAGCAAUGAUGACAUUCUGGCUAACGGGACACUCGACGGAAGCUGCCUAGUGAUCAUGAAAAAGUUUUUGAAAUUCCAUUUUUUAACAAUUGGGGCUGCACUUGCUGGAAGCGGUAGUAUUAUUUACAAUAAUAAUGUUUUAUGUCGAAGAGGUUUACAGUUCAACUAUCUAUGUGAUUUCAGAAAAAGGCCAGUUUGACUACUUUUCAGCCAAUUUGUAUAAUUCACUCAUUUUUGUGCGAUUCUCUC